AUGACCAUGUUAAGGCUAAUUAUUGAGCCUGAUGGUUACCAUGUUUACGACGGAGCAAAAGAUUUCAAAAAAGAUUUAUGUGAGGCAAUUGAGAAAAAUAAGUAUAAAGACGAGUUUGACAAAAACAUCAAAAAACUUGAAGGCAAGGCGCUAAAGUUCUUAAAUAAGUCAAUUGAACUUGAUUUACCAUUUGAGGAGGACAAGAUAAGCGAAUUUAUCGCAAAUCUGACUAAAAAAGUCAAAAAGUGCAAUCCAAAUGAAGAGAUCAACAAUACAGAUGCAUUCAAGCAACAUUUGGAACGUGCUAACGGCAAAAUUACAGUAACUCAUAAUGGAUUCAGUAUUACAGGCCAAUACCAUGAAAACAGACAGGACUUUGGGAUCUCUAUCAACAAAGAGUUCUUCGAAAAGUUUUUAAGCUCACUUCCUACAACAGAAUCUUCAGAUAAGAGAACUUCAGGAAAGGAAGCUCAGUCAAGUGUUGGAGCGCUUUACAACGAGUUUUAUGAAAAUCUAAUCAAAAUCAUGACAAUUCUUAACUACGAUCAAAAUUUAGGAUCAUAUGAAUACAAUUUUGAUCAAAGAGCGUUUAAGGACAUUAAAAAUAUCAAUAAUAAACUAAAUGUUUACAUUAACAAUCAUUCUAUUAAAGACAUGACUAUCGAAAAACAAGCAGUAUUUGAUUUGAUCAGUGCAUUCUUUACAAAAGAUAACUUAGAGCAGCUCAAACUACACAAAGAUAAGUAUGAUGCCAUAAAUACAAUAUUUACACCCGAUCAACUUGAAUUCUUAAAAAAUCCAGAUGAAUAUCUGAACACUCUUCAUGAUUUCUUCAGGAAAUACCAAAUAGAAUGCAUCAAGCAUCCAGAAGAAUUCUUUGAUUCAGUAAAAGAUUUCUUUUUUGGUGUUGAUCAGGCAAAUCAAGAAUUAACAACUAAUCAAUUACUUGCUGCUGAUCGCGAUAAAUACAUAAAGAAACCAGCACUAUUCGUUGGAGAAGUGGGUGAACAUCUCACAAAUAAACAAAAAAUUAAAAUAAUUUCUCCAGAAAAAGAGAAAAAUUAUGGAGAAAUUUUUGGAGGAUGUCUUGAAAAAAUCGAAAAUGGCAGAUAUCCAGGUCCACUCAAGAGUUACAUUUCCUACGAAGAUAUCGAACAAUUGAGCUCAUACAAGACGAAACCAGAAAUAUUAGGAAAGCACUUAAUGGAAUCAUUUUUUGCAAAAUUACUUUCCGAUUACAAAGAAUUAGGUGAUUUUUUGUCAGAAGAAACAAAGCAAUUUUUGGAGAACUGCGUCAAAGAACAAAACUACAUCAGAAAAUUCUUCACUGCUUCACAAAUAGAGGCAUUUAAAAAAGGAGAAAAAAUUUAUUUCACUUACGAACAAAUGGAUCAGUUCAGAAAAGGAAAUCAAGAAGAUUUAGUGUUUUUCUCUCAGGAACAACUUAAUAAAAUCAAUGAUAAAUUGAAACAAAUUGAUUGUGUAUUGAAUUUCUUCACUGAUGAUCAACUUAAUCACAUUUGUUACACGUAUAAAAUAACAUUUACUAAAGAACAAAUGCAAGACUUCAAAAAUCCAACAGUUAUUUUCUUCAAUCAAAAACAAUUGGAUAUUUUGAAACCAAGCAAAACAUUGGAUAAAAACACAAUUUACGUUAAGAAUCCUUUCAUCACAAAUUUGACAGACCAACAAAUCCUUACUCUCAAAGAUUUAAGCCCGAUUUCUUUAACUGAAGAACAAUUAAAUAACUUGAAAAAUUGUUCGGAAAUUUUCACAAGCGAAGAUCAAUUCCACAAUUUCAUUGAUUAUGAGUUAUUUAAUAAAACAAAUACAAGAAUCAAAUUGUCACAAGAAGAAAUCAGAAAGAGAAUUGAUGCAAGACUUGAUGAAAAGACUUUGAAUCAUUUGGCAGAAGAUUUGAAUAAUUCAAAAAGCACUAGUUCCCCUACAAAUCUUGAAUCAUCUGUUUUCCAGAAAUUAUUCCAAUCAUUUGACUCGGAAUUUAUCAGAAACCUCUUUAAUAAGGAAACAAAUAUCAACAAGAUGACAAAAGAACAAAUUCAAAACAAAAUCAAAGAUGUUUUUAACAACGAUGUUCGUGAUAAAUUGGCAAAAGAAUUGUUCAAUAGAUGCCAAACACAACCGACUGAAAAAAUGCAACAUUUCAUCACAGAUAAACAACUUAUUUCUCAAGGAAUAAGUAUUGAUAAGUUGGUUCGUAUUAAAUCCCCUGAAAUUUACAACAAUUUUGAUGGAGUUUCGGAAUUCAAAUUUUCUGACGACCAAAUCAUUAUUUUGAAUAAUUCAAAAGAAAUCUUUCUCACUGAAGAACAGCUUAAUUUCUUCAAAUCAAAUUCAUUGAUAGAUCUCUCUGACGCCAAAAUUACUAAAAUCGAUCAAUUACCUCCUUUGGAAGAAGGACAAAAGAAUAUUUUGCAAACUAAAUCAACAUCUCUACAACACAUUAAUGUUUUGUUUUCAAAAGAACAAAAAGAAAUUCUUCUUGGUGUAAAAGAAAUUUCUCAACCAUUAAUUUCCUUCUUCACACAGGAAAAGAUUGAUCAUCUCAAAGGAAAAGAUCAACUCCAUGGUACAAUAACUGAUUUGAUUCCUGAAGAACAUAAGAAAUAUCUUUUUAGUACAAAGAAACAACUAAUUAUUUUGGAGAACCUUUUGACAAAAAAUCAAAAAGCGACACUCGAAAAAACAGAACCAUCAAAUAAUUUGGAAAAAUUCUUUACAGAAGAACAAAUCAAUUAUUUCAAGAACACUAAAACUAAACAUUUUGGUGAAUCGCUUGAUGUAAUAUUAUCACCAGAACAGCGUGAUUUAUUCAAGAAUCCAUCAAGUUUUGCUGAAAUAAUGAAAAGAGCAUUUUCUAAUUUCGAAGUUAAUGAGGAAAAAAAUAUUUUUGAAAAUAUUAACGAUGCGUUGAAAUCUCGAAAUUGGGUAGAACAGUAUGUAAUUUUGAACGGUUUUAAGAGCAAAUCGGUUUUCACAUUUAAACUUGAUAAGUAUUCAAAGAUCUUUUGGCAUCUCUACAAGUUUACUUCUGUCACUCGCCAUUACUCACAAAAAUGUUCUCCAAUCAAUUUAUCGAACCUCAUUUUCUGUACAAAACAAACAGAUAUCAAAACAAGAGUUAAAUCUUUAGAUUUCCAAGGCGAUUUUUGGUUCAUAAACUACAUCAUUAUUGUUGGAUCCGAAUUCCUUUCCGAAAAUCAAAGAUCGGAAUUGAAUACGAUAAUAGCAGCAGAACAAUCAUAUAAAACAAGAAUCAUCAUUUUCACUGCAUCAGGAGAAAAUAAAAGCGAAUAUCUUAAUGAAGCCGAUUUGAUUAAGAUAGAAGACAAUUUAAACACAAUAAAAUCUAAGAGAAAUAUAGAUUAUAUGGAUUCUUAUGACAAAUUGAGAGAUAAAGUCCAUCUAGUCUUCAAUUUAGUUCCUGGUGCAGAUUCCGUGAAAAAAUUGAUGAAAGACCAUAAUUUUGUCACUUUUUAUGUUUCACCAAAAGAUCCACAAAUUCCCAAGUUGACUUAUUUAGACAAAGACGUCUAUUUGUAUAUUGAUCCUGAGAUUGCUUCAGAAAACACAAAGUUCUUCCACCAACUCUAUCAAUUCGCUUUCUUCAGAGUUACAGAAAACUUUGUUGAAAACAAUUUGAAUGAAGACCGCAAUUUAUACAUCGAAUUCCCUUCGAUCGGUAUUCUAAACAGCCUUGAUGAUUUCCCAUUCCCUGUCAAGCCAGAGAACGUUCAUGUCUUGAAACCAGACUAUUUCACAAAUGAAACAAUAUUUGUUGAUAACAGAUUAAACAUGAGGAACGAAAAAAUCACAUUUGAAGCAGAUGGAAAAGUCAAAGUAGAUGGGAAAGAAUUUGGUGUUGCAGCAGUUAUUAGCCAAGAAGAAUACAUUGGAAAAACUCUUCAAAAUGUUUUGGAUAACAUUAUUGCAAAGCAAUUCAAUGGAGAAAACCUCAAAUACUAUGAUUUGUUGGUUAAAUUGUACAACAUCUUUUUCGAAAAUCAAAUCAAAAGCUUUUCACUUUGCACAUUGAGAUCUCUCAGCACUUAUUUCGAGAAAUACUAUAAAUGGUUUGAUAUCAAAAAUCCAUCUACAAAAUCCGAAAAAUCAACUGAGAAAUCGGAUGAAAUACCUGUUCCAAUGCAAUUGUUCUUCCUUGAAUCUGCAUUCAUUGUUUGCACACAGCAUGCAUUUAAGAACAAGAAAACUAUUUACAUGAUGCCUUAUUUCAUGUUUUCUCCGAAUUAUAUUGAAGAUUAUAUUAUUCAAAAGAAGAUUUCUGAGAAAUUUAGUUAUGAUUUUAAAGUGCCAGUUGAUAUUUAUAAGUUCUUCAGGACAAACGUAUCCUGGAAUGUUCUUGAUUAUUGGCCAAAAGCUUACGAAUUGGUUUCAAAACAAUUCACGACGAAUGAAGAAGUAAAAACAAGUGUAUUUAUUGCUGAAUGCAAUGAAUUUUUGAAACAAUUCGAAUGCACAACCGAAUGCAAGUAUAUUGAAGAAUUAUGCAAAGCAGUUGAAAAUUUCAAAGACCUUUGUGAUGUAGUAUCAAAAUCGAAUUAUCAGACAUUGAUGAUGAGGAGAGAAAAGGAAUAUAAGGGGGAACCAAGAGGAACAUUUAUUAAUGUUUCAGAUUUGUUUGGAACAAUUUCUGUGACACAGACAUCAUUUAUCAGAUUUGUCAUUUUGCUUUCUCGUAUUGCUGCACAGAUUCCUUAUUGUCUGACUGGAGAAACAGGUUGCGGAAAGACAAUGGCUCUGGAAUUCCUCAAAGAAGCUUUUAGAAUCUUCAAACAUGAUAAUUAUGUUUUCAUUUUCAUUGAUGUAAAUGCUGAAACAACAAUUGAAGAUUACAUCAAUGCAAAGAAACAAUACAUCCUUCCAGGUACAGAUUAUCAAUUAAUAAGUGGAGAACAACAUAUCCACGUUAUUUUCGAUGAAGCAAACACUUCUUUCAUUUGUCCACAAAUUUUCUACGAAAUUAGCCAAAUUUCGAAGCUUCCAACUAAUGCAUUCUUCUCGUUAUCAAGUGGCUGCAUGAUCAACAAAGUGGCCAAAACAAAUGAUAUAACAGAUGAAAUGGCUUCAAACAAUGUCGCACAAGAUCUUGCACAAGGAAAAGUCAUUAAGCCUCAUGAUUACAUUUUGACAAAGAAUUAUAUCAAGGAAUCGCAUAUUCAAAUGAAGUAUUUCGUGAAUGAACAAACCAACUUGAUAUCAGAGUAUGAAAUCGACUGCAAUCCAUAUUCAAUUAGUGAUGAAAAAGACGAUUUCAUGUUCGAAGAUGAAGAAAUAACCAUAAAAGGAAAACUCAAAUAUUUCAUGAAUUGCGUACUAAAAAUCGAAGGAAAACUUAAAGAAAAAAACCUCAUUGAUGCAUUCUUUAAUUUCGCUCAAACUACUUUGGUAGAAAGUAUUCGAUUUAUUAGAUGCUAUUACAAUGACAGAGCUGCUGCUUCUUACAGAGAAGUUGAUUUUGUCUGCAGUUUAUUCAAAGACAUUCUUAAAAAUGAUUUCGAUAGUUUUGAGAAAAAUGAUUCCGAUAGUUUUGAGAAAAAUGAUUCCGAUAGUUUUGAGAAAAAUGAUUCCGAUAGUUUUGAGAAAAAUAAUUUGUAUAAAGCAUUUUUCAUCGCAAUUUUCUUCAGAUUCGUUGGCCGUCUCCCGAAGAAAUUCAAGUUCAAAAAUGAUAAAAUCUUCCAAGAUCACAAGAGACUUAAAGCGCUUUAUACUCAGGAAUUAGCUGGUAAAUUCAAGAAAGAAGGAAUUAAUCCGAGAUCCGAUUUCCUCGAAUAUAUUUUCCAGAAAAUAAAUUCUACAAAAAGCAAUUUACCAACGGAUAUCCAAAAAUCCAAUGAUGUUUUGGAACUGUUCAAAAAGAUGUCUUAUAGAGUAUCAAAAGAUAUCUUCGAUUACAACCAGCAUAUCUUGUUAUUCGAUGCUUUGGCCGAACACUUUUACGCGAUAAUUGUUUGCGCGAGGACAGGAUUCUCCACUUUCUUGCUUGGCCAGCCAGGCACAUCCAAAUCAUUCUCCUGCAAAGCACUGAUGAACUACAUAGGCAACAAACUUCCUCCAAUCAAGUACGCUGUCUUCCACUCAAAUAGAACAUGCACAAGUGAUGGUUUGAAGAUCUUAUUCGAAGAAUGCGCCAGACAAAAACUUCUCCAUUUGAUGGAUAAGUAUUACUUCAUUAAUUUCAUCGAAGAAAUCGGUUUGUUGGUGAAUUCGGAAUUCAAUCCAACAAAGAUUUUCCAUGAGAUUUUAGUCAAAGGUGUUCAGAUUCUUGACCAAAGAGUUAAGAUUCCUGUUGUCGCUUUCUCAAACUACAGAUUGGAUUUCUCAAACAUGAACAGAGCAAUUAUCUUCUUCACUGAUAAAUACGAAAGAGAAGAUUUCCAGAGAGCUAUUGCAUUCAAAGCAAAACAAGAUAAAAAGGAGGGCAAUCCAUAUAUCGAAAAUUUCGAUGAAUGGUAUCACGAGUUCGACAAACUAGAAGAAGAAGAAACUGCUAUUUACAACGACUUACUUGAUCAAAUCCAAAAGACAGAUGAGCUUUCAAUGAGACACAUUUUCUCCCAAUACUUUGAAAUCUAUAGAAUGUAUCAAAAGUUCAAAAAGGCCAGAAAAUCAGACUAUCCGGAGUUGCUGAAAGAAAUCAAAAAUGAUCUAGUUAAACAAACUUUCAUUGCUUAUUAUCAUAUAGAUAAUAAUCAAGAAAAUGAUAACCAACAGAUACCCGAACAAAGAAUCGAAAAUUUGAUGGAAGAGAUCAAAGACAAUCAGACAAAAUUCAGAAAAGGAAUUUGCGUUGUUUCUGAAGGAUACGCAUUUUGUCUUGCUCUUUUUGAUCAUUUAAAUGAUCUUGCUGGUAUCCAACGUUCAGUAGUUUCAGAAUCUGAUUUCACUAUUUCUGAAAAAGACAUUUUCAAUCAGAUGCUGGAAUUCUUCAAGAUUGAUGAAAAAAAUAAAAAAUCCAAGCUACUUAUCAUCAUUGGUUAUCCUAAGUCAAUGGACACAACAUUGGAUUUAACGAAUUCAAAUGAUACAGAAUACACUUGCACUUUUGAAGAUGAAGGUGAAGAACAAUACGGUCAUCUUACUAUAACAAACGACAUCUUUGGCAUCAAAUUUUCUGCUAAAGAAAGAUUCAAGAUUUUGUUGUUCCUUCCACAAAGAAGUUACGUGAAAGGUCCAAUUCUUGAUAGAUUCAACAUUUAUGAUUUCCCAAUUAAUAAAAUCCAAGAAUACUUUUAUAAAGAUUCGCCAAAAACAGAAUUUUCUGUUAAUGAAAAUUUCAAGAGUUUUUAUGAUUUGUAUUGUACAAACAAAGAAAAUCACAAACAGCAUUCAAAGCACAAAUACAUCAUUAAAACAGAAUCAAGGUUGAUGCAAUUGGAUGAUUUCAAAGAAAUGCUUUGUGAUGAAAAUAUUAAAAUUUACUCACAAGAUGUUAUCAAAGAUUCUGUAUCAUUCAUCCAGAAUAUCAAAUACGAUUAUCAAGAGAAUAUCAAAGACGAUUAUCAAAUUAUUAUCAAUUUGACUCGUAUCAAUACUGAGAGUUUAAUUGCACUUUUGUAUCAGAUUCACAAAGUUCACGAAUGCCCGAAUACCAACUAUUACAUCAUUGUCUACAACUGUGAGUUUUCUUUGCAAUCAUUACCAUUUUGUCCGAUUUAUUCCAUUAAAUCUUUGGACUACAAUUUGUAUUUGGAUGCUUCAGGAACUGCGAUAGAUUUCAUGAAAGUUUUUUAUAAGCCUCUAAAGGAUGUAAUGUUCUUUGAAUUAUCAAGGUUCAAUCAAAUGGAAAAAGAAGAUAUUGAAAGUUUUAAUGAAAAGUUCAAAAAGAUGGAGGUUGAUCCUGAAUGUCAAUCCGAUUUGAAAUAUUGGAAUAAUAAAUGGCUCGAAAUCAAAGUCACAGAUAAUUUAGAUCUUAACUCACUCUACAGCCAAAUCGUUGUGAAAUUUGAAGAUGAAACAAAUUUGAGCAUCAUUAGGAUGCUUCUUCAUGAAAUCAUGAGGCCUGAUGGGAAGUAUUUUUUAUUGAUCAAAGGUAAACAAAAUGAAAAGAUCCGUCAAAAUGCAAUUGACAUUUUCUACAAUUACAUUAAAUUGUCCAACGAGUAUCCAAAUGUUAAAAGUUUGUUGAAUUUCGAAGUAAAUAUUGAUAACAAUGAAAAUUACCUAGAAAAUCCGUUCAGUUGUAUUUAUGGUGUAUUCCGUACAAAUAAAGAAUACAAUGCCAUUAAUUUAAGAAACCUUGACGAAAUAAAUAAAGAAGAAGAUCUGAAUAUUGUAAGCGAAAUCAUUGAAAAAGCAAAUGAUUUUAAUACAGUCAAUUCUAAACCGUUUUUGGAUAUACUUUCGGAAGUCAUCACAAUUCCUAAUGAUACAACUGAUUACAAGCUGAUGCAGUUUCUCUAUUCCUUGAAGGAUAAGUAUCAGCCAGACAUGUCUGCAAUUUUCGUUUCUUUGAUGUGUUGCACAUCUCUUAAAGAUUGCAAAGACUAUCCUUCAAUUGAGCGGAUAUUCGAAAUUGAUGAAGAGCUUCAAAACAACUACUGGGAUGAUGAAUUCAGAAAUCUCUCACAAGAUAAUGAAUCAAUUUAUAAUUACCUAUCUAAAAAGAAUUUCUUCAAAACUAAAUCUGAUUCUUCGUUACAUACGAAUAUAUUCAUAGGAAGAGACAAAGUUCUUUGCAUGUCAAAUAAAGAAAUUAAGAAGAAUUUCGAAGGAUGUUGCGAAUCCAUUCUUGAUGAAAUUAAGGACGUAGAAAAUGAUGUAGAGCCGAAAAAUGCAAGACUUGACUUCUUAUACAAGGUGAUGAAAGCCCACAAAAAGUACAUGUCCAAUCAAAAACUUUCUAAUAUCACAUUUAGAUUUGAUAAGAAAUUCAUCAAUGAUGACAAGAUUUUGAAACACAUUCUUGAAUAA